AUGCCGGGAAAAAGGAAAAAAGUCGUAGUGAGUGUGGCGAAGAAGUUGGAAGCAAUACGAAGAUUAGAUAAAGGAGAAAUUAUUCGGAAUGUCGCGGCCGAUUAUGGUGUUGGAGAAACCACUGUGGGCGAUUGGCGUCGAAAUCGAUCUCAUUUGGAACAAUGCGCGACAAUAUCUGGCGACGCGAUGACAAGUCGUAAAACGAUAAAACCCGCAGAGUAUAAUAAAGUUGACAAAGGUUUAUUCCUAUGGUUUACUCAAAUGAGAGAAAAGGGAUUGCCAGUCUCAGGACCCAUUUUACAGGCAAAGGCUAUGAUGCUUGCAAAACAGUUUCCCGAUGAAAGUGAGACUUUUACAGCAAGUUGUGGUUGGCUGGAUAGAUGGAAGAAAAGACACGGUAUUCAUCAGUUAAGUAUCUGUGGCGAAAAAUUGUCAGCUGAUGAAGGUGGAUUGACAAAGUUUAAAAACGAAUUUGAGAAACUUGUAGCGGAAGAAGGAUACUCGCGAGAUCAAAUUUAUAACUGCGAUGAGACUGGCUUAAAUUUUAGAAUGAUGCCUUCUAAGACAUUGGCUUCACGAGAAGAAGCGGUGGCUCCAGGGUACAAAAAGAAUAAAGAAAGGGUUAGCAUUUUAGCAUGCAGUAAUGCGUCCGGAACACACAAACUUCCGCUAAUGUGUAUCGGGAAAUCGGUUAAGCCCAGAGCGAUUAAACACAUCAAACCUGAAGCUUUCCCUGUGUACUACGCACAUCAGAAGAAUGCUUGGAUGAGUCGCGAUCUUUUCCAGAAAUGGUUUUUAGAACAAUUCAUUCCUCUGGUUGCAAAAUUUUUGAAAAAAAAUGGUCUUCCUAGAAAAGCGAUUUUGUUACUCGACAACGCUCCAUCGCACCCAAACGAGUCGAUUCUGAGAAGUGAAGACAUCAUUGUCAAAUUUUUUCCACCGAAUGUGACCUCCAUUGGACAACCAAUGGAUCAAGGCGUACUCGAGACGUUCAAACGUCAUUACAGACGUCUUUUACUGCAAGAAAUUUUAGAGAAAAGUAGCGCCGGAAGUACCCUCAAAGACUGUUUACGUGCAAUAAAUAUAAAAAGUGUCAUUUACUGGUCAGCUCAAGCUUGGGAUGCUGUCCAAAGGCUCACGCUGAAGAGGUCAUGGGCAAAAAUCUUGUCUUCUACUGACCAAAGUGAUCAAAUUGCGGACGAUGUCGAUCUACAUAGCAUCAUGAAGCAAAUCCCUGGUUGCGAAGACGUGGAUAGAAACAAUACUGAUGAAUGGAUUCAUGAUGACGAUUGUGAACAAGAACGCACUGACGAUGAAAUCGGCCAUCUUGUGAAUUCUGCAGAAGAAAACGCGGAUGAUAUUGAAGACAGCGAAACGGCAGAAACUCCACAAGUCAGCCACGAAGAAGGAUUAAAUGCGCUUGAAAUAGCUCUUAAAUAUGUUGAGGAACAACCGGAAAGUAGCUAG